AUGAGCCAAGGAAGUUCCUCAUACAUCUCUGGCUGGCAUACCACGAAGGCCGUGCAUCCUCAAGUGAUGGAACUACCUUACGGUGUUGCAGACUAUGAUCAGUACGGGCCGGACCCGUUGAUUGCAGAUGACUUUCCUCUUCCUUUACCAGAGGGUGUAAAUUCCGCAUGGACGGCGGCACAAUUAAAUUGUGCCAGCGAGCUUACAGGAGAUCCGACGGGCAAAUUCCAACCGUAUCCGCAGUUAUAUUACGAGGCUGGCCUUGUGGGCGAUUAUCAGGAAGGCAAGAAGACUGGGCAGUCGAGCACGAUGCUUGUACAUCCUCAUUCUGCCGGCCCAUUCAAACAUGCAGACCCCACGAGAGGCCAUUUCCAACCACUCUGCCAGCUAGCGACGGAGCGCGCGCUCUUCAUGAACCACCCCUGCAACCAACCACGGUUCGCCGCAUAUGCUGCAUCGCCUACCUCUGAUCCGUGUAGUUCGCCAGGAACAAGUCAUGAUUCCUCUAGUGGGUGGGAAGUGGAUGCAGAGAGAGAGGCCCUGGAUCUUCGCUCUGCAGACAGCUCUCCGCCGAAGCUACACCCUCGCGCACCUCGCGAGCCGAUCCAUCACUAUCAACAUGUGGCCGACGAAGACGACAGCCUGAUUCCGUUGGAAAUGCCGGACGGAAGCACCCGCUUCACGGGGAAUUGGUUGCCAGUGGAUCCGGGUGUUGGAUUCACCAUUGGGUCAUGUGUCCGCCAUGAACCCAGAGAUGAUGGGAAUAAUCUGGAUAUGCAAGUCUUCCGCUAUGAUACCAUUGCCUUCAUUCCGCCGAACUCGGCUGCGUGGCCAGCCAAGGGGUGA